CGGCCCCCGCAAUCCCCUCCCCGCCUUCCUGCCCCGGCUGCGCAGCGCAGCGCAGCGCAGAGCCGAGCCGAGCCGGCAGCUGCAGCCGGAGCUGGGCCCCGUGCGCUAUGGGGCGCCCCACGUAGCUGCUGCUCAGGGCUCGCCGCCCGCGGGACCAGGCUGCGGGAGAGGCGCUAGCGGGCAAGAAGGGACCUGUUGGAUCAUCUAAUCUGACCUUCAGCACAACACAGCCUACAGAACUUCACCCAGUAAUUUCUCCAUCAAGCCUAUCACUUCUGGAAAGCGAAUCAUUACGUACAUAUGCUAACUCAUCGGGACAUGCAGGAAUUAAUCAAACUGGCAAAUUUGUGUGGAAGAUGAAGUUUAUUCCUGCUUGAGACUGUCAUCCUAAAUAGUAAAUGAUAAAAGAAUGUGGGAUAAUUCAAGUCUCCGAUGUCUCCUAGCAAUAGCUUUCUUACAUUUGCUGAGCUUAAUAUAUAGUCAGGAGACAGAUGUUGCAAUGUCAGGUUUUCCAGAAGCACCAGGGAAUUUGAAAUGUAUCACACAUGACUUAAACAGAAUGAUCUGUUCCUGGGAUGCUACCUCCAGUGCAAACCUUGGACUGACUUACAAGAUUUGUUAUACAAACAGUGAGCCCUUCUCUCCAGUGUGUACUGAAACUGAGGGAAAAAGGGCCGAUCUUCCAGUCGCAAUGGGCUCCACUAACAUACAGAUAACCACACUAAAUGCUUCUGGAACUCCUUUAGCUACUGAAACAUUUGUAUUGCCUGAGGAAAAUGUUUCACUUAUUCCACUCACCCCGCAAAUUCUUAAUCUGAGUGCUGACUUUUCAACUUACACAUUAUAUCUGAAGUGGAACGAUAGUGGCUCAGUCUUCCAGCAUGAAUUAGAUGCCAGCUGGCAGAUUCAGAUUCUGUAUAAGGAAACAAUGGAGACAGUGACACUAAUUAAUUAUGAUUCAAAAUUGACAGGCAAAGACUCUAUUCUUUUUUGGAAUUGGACAUCUGACAUACCUUUGGAGUGUACUUCAUACUAUGUGAAAAUCAGAUGUUACAUUAAUGAGCUGUAUUUUACUGGUAGGAAGGAAUGGAGUGAAUGGAGCCCAGUUAGAACAGUUCCUGAAAAAGAUACUAAGCCCAAUAGCGCUAUGGUUUUUCCUCAAGACAAAGUGGUACUAGUGGGCUCAAAUGUGACAUUUUGUUGUUUAUACAAUGAAGGGAAAAGUGUAAAAUUCAUGAACUAUGGAUCAGAAAGUUAUCCACUCCUUCGCCUCAGCAAGUGGAGCAGUGCAAUCAAAGUGCAGAAUGUCAAUGCUUCAAUUCCUAGUGGGACAAAUAUAUUGUGCUCGCUGGUGCCAGAUGAUCUGGAGGGAACAGUAUUAUUUGUAGGAUAUGCUCCUGAUACUCCACAAAAUCUGAACUGUGAAACACGCACCUUUAUUACUAUAACGUGUAGCUGGAACCCAGGCAGACCCACAGCACUGUACACGAAACGGCAAACAAAAUAUAUUUUAUUUGAAAGAAUAUCUAGAGAAAAAGUUACAUGCAAAGUAGAUGAAUUGAAUGAGAAACAUCACUGUGACUUUCCAGUGCAUGCCAAUCAGAAAAUCUACAAUUUCACACUAGGUGCUUCCAAUCCUCUUGGUCAGGCAGAAUCAUCGCUCUUAAUUGAUGUAAAUCAAAGAGUUCAUCUGGAAACUCCUGAUAAAUUCACUGUGAGCACUAAUAGUUCAACAAAUGCCCAUCUGUCUUGGUAUAUACCCGGCAACUUUAUUAAAAUCAGACUUUUGUGUCAAAUUGAAAUUAGCAACAGUAAUUCGGAACGACAGCUGAAUGUCUCAAUGGCCGGUGCAGAAAACUCAAAUUACAGAGCUCGGGUGGAUGCAUUACAUCCAUAUGGCACAUACACAUUCAGAGUACGCUGUUCAGCUUCUGAGUAUUUCUGGCGAUGGAGUAAAUGGAGUGAGGGAAAAAAGCUCACAACUUUGGAAGCCCCUCCUGCAAGAGGACCGGAUAUUUGGAGACAGAGAAGUCCUGUCGGAGAAACUCUAACAGUCUUUUGGAAGCCGUUACUUCUUUCUGAAGCAAAUGGAAUAAUACUAUCCCAUGAGGUAUCAUGUUACUUGCGAGAGAGAAUGCUAAAAGCUUAUGAAGUCCCUGUACCCUUGAACAGCACUGAAAUAAAACUUGGGGGAAAUGAUUGUUUAAUCAGUGUUACAGCCAAAAAUCGUGCUGGCUCAUCUCCCCCUUCUAAGAUAACUAGUGUGGAUCUUCCAAGUGACAAUGUCAAAACAGAGCUGGCAAUUGCAACAGGAAAUGGAAUUUACAUUUCUUGGCAUUCUGACCCUAACGUGACCUGUGGCUACACAUUAAAAUGGUGUAUUUCAUCUGGAUCUGAACCGUGUAGUGUGGACUGGGAAAUGUUUCCUUCAAAUGCAAUAGAUGCUGUGAUCAAAUCUGCUCUGUUUCAACCUGGUGUGAGAUACAAUUUUUCUCUAUAUGGCUGCAAACACAAUGGAUAUCAGUUAUUACAGAAUAUAACGGGAUAUAUGAAAGAAUUGCCUCCAAAGGUAGCACCAAAUUUUACUGUAGAAGAAACCUCUUCAGAUUCAAUAUUAGUAAAAUGGGAAGACAUUCCUGUUGAAGACUGCCAGGGGUUUUUAAAGGGAUAUAUUCUUUACUUUGCAAAAGGGGAGAAAGGUUCUUCAAAGACUAGUUUUAUGGAAGAAGGGUCUCCUGAGCUAACAGUUAAGAAUAUUACUGACCUAACGAAAAAGUCUUUGAGAAUACUUGAUCUUCAAGGCAAAACAAGUUACCGCCUGGACUUACGAGCUUAUACCGUUGGUGGAAUAGGCCCAUCGAAAGACCUGUAUGUGGUGACAAAGGAGAAUUCUGUGGGGUUGAUCAUUGCCAUUCUCAUCCCAGUGGCUGUAGCUGUUGUGCUCGGAGUGGUGACCAGCAUCCUUUGCUACCAAAAGAGGGAAUGGAUUAAAGAAACGUUCUACCCUGACAUUCCAAAUCCUGAAAACAGUAAGGCAUUGCAAUUUCAGAAGAAUAUAUGUGAGGGGAACACAGCUCUUAAAACAUUGGAAAUGAACCCUUGUACCCCGAAUAGUGUGGAAGUGGUGGAAACACGAUCCACAGUCCUUAAAAUAGAAGACACAGAAAUUAUAUCCCCUGUAGCAGAUAGUGAGCUUCCUGAAGAUGGGUCUGACCCAGGAACAGGAAGCCACGUGGUGGUGUCAUACUGCCCACCGAUCAUUGACGAGGAGAUCUCUAGUCCACCAAUAGAUGAACCUGUGGGAUCUUCUCAAGUCAUUUAUAUUGACAUUCAAUCAAUGUAUCAGCCUCAAGUUAAUCCAGAGGAAGAGCCCGAAAUUAACUUUGUCACUACAGCAGGCUAUAAGCCACAAAUGCAACUGCCAAUUAAUACUAUGAAAAUGGAGAGUCAUGCACCCACAGAAGAGGACUUAGAUAAAACUGCGGGCUACAGACCUCAAGCAAACACUAAUGUCUGGAAGUUAGACUCUCCAGACUCUCCUGUAUCAAUUCAAAGCAACAAUGAAAAUGGAUCUUUUGGAAGUCCAUGCUCCAUUAAUUCUCGACAGUUUUUGAUCCCCCCAAAGGAUUAUGAAGACUCUCCCACCCCUAAUAACACAGGGUGGUCCUUUACACAUUUUUUUCAGAACAAACCAAAUGAUUAACAAUCAUGGUAAUUGUCAUUUCAAUCUGAACCUGCCAUUCAGUAAGUUCUUGUUCCUAGUGUUGUCAUAUCAGCAUGGGUUAUCCUUGGAGACAGUCAGCAGGGUUUUGGUUUUUUUUUGUGUGAGCUGAAUGUUACCACAUUUAAGUUAAAGUGUUAAUGUUCCAUUUUAAUACAGGCUAAAAAUUCAAAGUUAUAGAAACACAAUUAUUACACUACGAAGAUAUAGGGGUUUUGAGGUUAGAUCUCCUCGUAAUCCUUGUCAAAGAACUCUGUCUGCUUUCAAGUUGUGUUUCGAGAUCAAUGUGAUCUCAUACAACUUGUUACUUCGAAAGGUGUUCUACUUCUGUUGUUAACUGGUGAUUAUAAUGAAUAUUCAGAAUAACUAAAUCCAAAUCAGUUUACAGACUGUCUAGAUGAGGGUGAUGGCGGUAGGUAAACUUUCAGUCUAACAGUUGGAAAUUACAUGCUUAGAUUGGUAGUUAAUUAAAUCUGUUACGUAGACAUUGAAAUUAGCACUUUAAUCUGUGCAUAGUUAAAGUCCCAUGGGAAAAAUAUCAUAAUCAUUUAACACUUUAAACAAUGGCUAUUCAUGUUUGUUGUUUGAUAACCAGAACACUAGUUUCUGUACCUACUGUACAAUGUGUAUUCAAUAUCUGACUCAGGGGUACAAAUGUGGAAAAUGAGUGUAACACUGAUUUAAACCUCACAAGAACUGCAAAAUGUUUAAACUUCAGCAUUAAUUUUUUUAACCUUAAAACACUAUAUUUUGUCUCUUUUGGUUAAGGAGGUAGUAUUUCCUAACAUAUUGCACUAAUGUGUUUUGUAUUUUAAAGCUGCAGCUCCAGAUCUGCUACCUCAAAGAGGUUAAGCAUCUUUUUCUUCUAGAAAGACUAGUUUAGACCAUUAUUAGUCUAGAACUAAAGUGCCGUGAACAGGCCACCCAAGUGAUUAGUCUCAUUCUUCAACAGCUGUUGGUUGCAUUUAGAGACUGUUCCAUAGAUUGCAUUUAGUAGCACUAGCUGCCCAGGCAGAUUUGCUCCACCAGUGAGAAAGGUUGGUCUUUAUCUGUAAUAGUCCCCACCAGCCAGGAAGACUCUCUGUGGUUAAACCCCAGAAACAUUAUCCACCAAACAGAGCACUUUUUCCAAAUCCUAGGUGGAAACAUAAGAUGGAAUUUCCUUUCAGGCAAAGGGGAUCCAAGGUAAGCUAAUGCCACUAAUGGGUUUUAAUAGCUACUCCUCAGCACUGGUCACCCGAUGUAAUGCUCUAUGGCAAGAUUAGCGUUUGUGUGUGGUUUAAAGAAAUGUUAAAAAUCAUCAUCUUUGAGUAUUUCUGCUUUCACACCUGUGUCACAUAAACCUGCUAUAAACAGCUCUAAUUGUAAUACUUAAUGUAUAAACAUUUAGAUUGUGACAGAUGCAUCACAAGAACCAAGCCAUUACUUCAUUGACUUUGUUUUUUAAAUGCUUUAUAACUUAAAUCUGUUUCCAAUUGUUACGAAAAAAAAUGGAGGGUCAUGUGAUACCACAUUGAAGUAAAACAGUGUGCCCUUAAGCUCUUAGCUAAAUCCUUUUUAGGUCUUGAUUUCAAGCAUUAAUUUGUGGCUCCUCAAAUAAUUAAUUUGCAGAAAUAGCUUUCUAAACCGAGCACUGAGACAACCAGUCCUGCUGAAUUUGGUAUCAGACCCCAGCUCUAAUGUAGUCAGAGCAGAUCAGGAAGACAGGUCUCCAAAACCAAACACAUCCACUGCAUGUGGAACUGUGAUCUGGCCACCCAUCAGACGAAAAUUACCUUAAACCUGAUCACAGCAAUAAAUACUAAGAUUCUGUAUCUGCACCCACUCUUCUUUAUACUUCAGAAGUGGCAUAACUUACCAUGAUCUAUGUUUGGCUGAGUCUCUUGGAUAAAAAUGAAUGUCCUUCUCCAAGUGUUCCCUAUCCUCUCUUCCACCAGAAAACACUGGAUGGAUCAGGCAUUGAUUUUUAUGUGACAUAAAAGGAUACUGAUGAUCAGCUUGGUGAGGCUUGAAAGGCAGAAGACAAAAGAGGGUAUUAACCUCUUCAAAUCUGAUUUAUGGUGAAGGCACAUUGCUCCAUCAGGAAAUCAGAGAACAUCCUGUCCUUCGGACCACUCUGCAAAUGUGGAGAAAAAAGCAAUUCCAUACCUUGGUCUGUUAUCAGAAUUCUCAUUGACUUCCCAGAUGUGUGCAGGGUACCAGGUUUUCUUUCAGGAUGUGAAGAACGUAACUUCAAAGGAUGGGCUGUCAAAGGACAGUAGAUCCUUGGAGAUUUUUAUUUAUCCCAAGUCAUAAUGCAGUUGACUUUUGAACUGCUCAGAAUUAAAUUAAAUUUUUUCUUGGGAUUUCUAUACAUAACUACAAGUAACUCACUUCCUAGACACGGUAGCUAAAUGAGAAACUCCACAAUUGGGAAUACAAAUUGGAAGAAACUCUGGUGGUGGCCUUACUCAAACUCUUCUCGCUGCCACACAAAUUUUGUUAAGAAAUGCAAGUACAUGCCCCAAGGUCUUCCAUGACCUGAACUUCAUAUCUUAAUCUUCAAAAUGGAUUUUAACAGUGGCAAAAAGCCCUUUGCAAAUAGAGGUUUCAACAUUACAAGCAAGCGCCACACUUUGCGCUGCAUAGACUUUACUAUUUUCAUUAAACUUUGAACAAAAUUAUUUCAGCUGUACAUUGCAGAUAUAUAAUGCAGAUUAAUUUGAUUCCAUGGGAAAUGUAUAGUUUUAUUUGCUAAGAUAAAUAUUUAUGCAAAGACAAAUCUUAAGUUUUUAUCUAUGCAGAGUACCAUUAUAUUACAUUUCUUUUACUUCAUUUACCUGGAUAUAGCAUUUGGUAAUCUCCAGUACUUAGAUAACUGUCCCAUUUUUGUUUCUCUUAUACAAUUGGAAACAAAAUAUUUAAUUGGAUUUGCCCAGAAUAGAAGAUCAGUUAAGCCCAUGACAGAUGCAGUAUACUAUACCUGCUCUCAGGUUAUACUGUGUGUUUCACCAUUUAUUGACAGUAAAGGCAACAAUAUUUGAAAUUUGAUUUCUGAGUGAUGAGGGAGCACUUUAUUUUCUUAAGGUAAGGGCAUUCUGCAUUGUGACCUAGACACUCAAGUAAAGUGCAGGUAUUUCUUCUUUCACCAGCUGUGCUACUUUACUUUUAAAAAAUGUGAGUUAGUUACAUCCCUUGCACUGGCUUUCUGGGGCACUUCCUGAUCUUGGGGUUUAUGGCCAAGAAUUCCUAUUUUCAAUGCAAGGGCUUGAAUACCCCUUCACAUUAUGCCACUGUAAUGGGGAUGAGACUAGUAGGUGAGACAGACAGAUGUGUGUCUAUAUGUUGUAUGUGCGUAUAUCUUAUACAGUGUGUUAAAUUGUUACAAGCUGUCUUCAUAACAAUCUAGGCCUGGCUAGCAGUACAAUUCAGUUAUGUGCUAGUUCCCAGAUACAGUGGAGUACUUUGAAAGCUACUUCAGAUGCUUGAUGUUAAAGUAAAGAUUGUCAUUUUCAAUUAGUGCAAACACCAGUAAAAUCUCCAGGAAGAGGCAUAACAAAUUAGUGAAGAUGUCAGCCAACCUUUGGGUCUGAAAGGGUAAAAUAGGAUUGAAUGACUAAUAUUGUUCAGUGAUUGAAUUUCUUUCCAAACCUGUGCAAAUGUACACUAAUCACUGAAGAAUCUUAAAGAAAAAAGUAGGGGCGUAACUGGUCUUCCAUACCAAGGUUACGCUCUAUGCAUGGUGCUGUUUAACUUCCAUAAACAUUAAUGGGAGUUGUAAGGAGAAAGCCAAAUGUUUCAAAUGAAAUUAGGCUCCUUAAUUGAUGCUGUGUAGUUUCCCCAUGAAAUCCCUUUGUUAAGGUAGGCUUGUUUUCCCUGUUUCUGAAAAAGCCUCUCAUAUAAUAGAAAAUUUUGCAACACAUUUCUCUUUUUUAUAUCUUAGCCUUUGGAUUUAUUAAAAACCUGUAGAGAUGUAUUUUAAAGUGGGGGAGUGGAGGAAUAAAUUUUACUUCCAAAAGGGAGUUGAAUUUAAUAAUAAGGGAUUCUGUCAAUGCACACUAUCACUCUGUUUUAGAUCGCGGCUAGUUUUUCAGUUUUAACGCUGUUCAGGCACCUAAGAGAUGUUAAUGUGUUCUUGUUUUGAUUUUUAAAUGUCAGGCGAUUUAAUUCUGGAGCAAAUAAUUUAUGCUGCUGCUUUUUCAUUUUGAGCCAUGUCAGGUUUGUAGGAUUUUGUUUUGUGAAAAGAAUUUUUGUAUUCUCUCCAUUACUGAGCAUCAGUAGCAUUUGAUUUAUUUGUGUGUACUCUCUAGUCUGUGUUCAUUAUUUGUGUUGUAUUGACUGAUACAUGGGGACUGAUAUGACAUUUUAAUUAGGGUUGUAAAUUUGAAUAGCCUAUAUAUGAUAUACCUCAGAAAGCUGGUUAAUAUACCAUCAAAUGUAGUAAGCUAAUGUUACAGAUAGUGAAUUUUUUCCUCUGCCACAAGUUCUCUGCAUAUGCAGGUUUAGGACCUGAUCCUGCAAACAUUCACUGCCAUGUAGGCCUCACUAUGGUAACUAGUCCAUUGAAGUAAUGGGACUACAUACAGUAAUGAGCACCACACCUGGCAGAAACAGCUUGCAAUAUUGUUGCUCAGAUUGAAGUCAAUUGGCAGAUUCAGCAUAUUCCUUUCUUACAAUGUGUCUGCACUUUGAGCUAGCAGUGUAUUUCCUAGCUCAAAAUACUUUUGCUGGCUAAUGUCUCCUUGAGCUGAGAAUCUUACCUCCAGGGCAAAGUGUAGAUGUAUCCUUUGCUGUACAUGGGGGAUGAGGGUGUUAGUUUCACAGGGGAGUGGGAUAGGGUACUUCUUUCCCUCUGAAAUAGAAACCUGGGUUACUCUGAAGAGGAAAAUACAGGCCUCUGAACUAAGUUCACCUAAGCAAGGCAAGUUUGGGCCUUGUAGCCAUUUGAUGCAGGUUUGUAUAAUGUGGUCCCUCUGACCCAAGUUCAGUUGAAUGUGAAAUUGCUCAGAGAGGGAGAGUAAUUGCAGAAUCAAAGGAAAUUGUAAACAUGGGAGGGGACAAGAUACUCCAGAGAGAAAUGUAACAAGAUCACCAGUGCAAUAUUUUAAAUCAAUUUAAUUAUUACAUAUUAAAUACACUACAGUAAUAGAUGUGACUAUUAUUCAAAUGUAUAUUGGAAAUAUAAAGGAAAAACGUGAAUAUUGAUUAGACUGGAAGACUCAAAUGGAUAGCUGUGCUGUGUUUUACUAUAAUAAAUAGCUAGCAUGUCCUAGCUUCUCGUGUAAAUAAAACAGUAUUCUCAGUUCCAAAGGAGAGGAAUUUAAUGAGAGCUUUAGUUCAGAUGGUUUUAAUAUCAUUUCUAAUUUUUUAAAGGUCCUAAAUUAUUUAUGCAAAUAUAUACUUGUACUUAUAUUGUACUUCCAUAUUGUAGAAUAAAUCAUCUUGAAAUUCCCAGGACAUCUUAGCAGAGAGCCCUACUCUGGCAUAUGAUGUAUUAGAGGUGGAACAUUUUCUAAAAUGCUAGAAAGGGGAAUACUACCUGCACUUCCCACAACAUGGUUACAUUGUGGUUCAUGUUGUUGCAUGUAAAAUAUUGACUUGUGCAACUAAUGUUUAAAUGGAUGCUGUCAGCAAUUGUUCUUUAGGCUGCUGUAGUUUUUGUUUCUAUAUCUCUCAGCUCUUUAGAGAGGAACAAAAACCCCAAAUCCAAACACAUUCAGAUUUCGGAGUUUUUGAAAUCCAAACCCAGAUACAGCUCCAAACUUUGGUGUGUUUAAAGAUCCAGUUCCACAUCCUGAAGCUUGGGCCCGUCUGUUAUUUUUUAAAUGUCCUCAUAGCAGCUGGAAAAUAGUUCCUUUCUUCAUUUUUUUAUUUCCAUUUGUCUAACACUGGAUUUUCCCCAGUGUUUCUAACAUAGCCAGUGUCUGUGGUUCCUUUUUCAUGUUAGGCAAACAAGUAUCAAAUUAGGCUAGCAGGAGUGAUGUUUUGCAGCCUUAGAAAUUGUCCCAGCAGGUGUAACAAUAGUUUUGCCCAUAAAAUGGUAGAUAAUUUCUCUGCAGAAGGGAGAUGAAUAUCCACAUGAGUUUCAAACCUUGGCAGACUAAAUUUUAAGCCUAAAUUAUUUCACAGGCUCCUUUUUAUCAUAUGCCACUUAAGGAGAUACUGCUAGGUAAAAUUUGGCAGAGUUAGGGUCUGUGUAGUAAGAAAAAAAGCUAACACCAACAGAAAUAUUUUCAUGAUUUAAAUAAUUCUAAUUGAAACAAUUUUUUUUUUUAAAACAAACAUUUGCAACUUAUAUUGCAGCAUUUCACUAAGGCAUGAGAACUGAAGAGUGUAAUUGAUUAGAAAUGGACUAUAAAGGAAAGUUGCUAAUUUAUUUUCAUUGUUCAAACUCAAAAAUUUAAAAAGUAAUCCGUUUAGUGAAAAAUCAAAUUAAAUUAGCAAAGGGCUUUCUUUUGCUUUAGAUUAUUCAAGCGUUUGUAACAUAAGUAAGAAUGAAUUUUUAAGAAUACAUUUUUAAUCUGGCAGUAUCUCUUUAAUAAUAGUAAAAAGUGAAUGAGGAUGUGUAGUACUACAUUUAAUAGAGCUCCUAGAAUGCUUGCAAAGCAGGUCGACUUUCAGUUUUGACUAUUUCAAUUCAGAUCUUGCCUAAAAUCCCACCAGAAUGCAAUGUAAUUGCAAUUCUUAACUUUAUCCUAUGGUGGUGCACACAUUAGAGGUUCUGGUAGAAUCCUCCAGGUGAUGAGAAAGAAAUUGUCUUGUACUAAAAUGCUGUUGUUUGAAAACACAUACUGUGAAUGGGUUUAAUAGAUAUUUUAGGUCUCUGUUUUAUACCAUAUUUUUUUACAGCCUAAAUAUUUUGUUUAGAAAUGUUUUAUGUUUUUUACAUGUAUUUCAAUGGAAUCUGUUUAUAACACUAAUAAAAGCAUUGUCCACUAAUUUCAAAUUGUAAAGUAUAAAGUUAGUUCUGAGAAUAAAUGAAGGUGAAAAAGAGUCAAUUUAACACUCUUCCCUUUAUAUUAUUUCUAAUUUAGAAAUUUUACCACUACGGUUUUCUGCUGAAAUUGGCAUACAUUUCCAAAUCUGCUAUGUAUUUAAAACAUUUUCUUCACAAUUAAAACAGAAUAAUCACAAGGCACUUUACGAAAUAAAGUUAAAACACACCAGGUAAACAAAAUGUUGAUUCAAGAAAAUGUAUUAGCAGACAGUUUUACUGGAUGAGCAUCUAAACAAAUGCAUGCUUGGAAAGAAAAGCGUGACGUCAUGUUGGGAGACAUGACAAUAUGGUAAGCUACAUGUAUAACUAACCUAAUGCUAAUAUUCCAACUUUUUGCAUACAUUUUGAGCUAGUUUGCUUGGCUGUGUAACUCUUGACAUAUUGCUUAUGUCUGUUUAAAAAUAUGCAUGUAUUUAACAGUUUUGCCAUAGUAUUGCCAUAGAAUUAAAUAAAUAUAUUUUCUUACUCGA